CCCUUUCACUUUCUGUUCACCUUCAAACACUAAAACCCUCCAUAGAUGUUCUCCUCUCUCUCAUCCCCGUUCUCUCUUUCUCUCUCUAAACCCCACCUCCACCCACCACUCCGCCACCGCCUCCCACCCUUCUUCCACCGCACCAACCUCACCCUUUUCGCCAUUAACCGCGAUGGCAAACACUAUCCAAACCCGGCUGACAUUGACCCACCCGAAGCCCCAGAAGACACAGUCCACGGUGUUUCCAAAUUCAAACAACUGGACCUCAGAAUAGCCCGUGCACGCAAGGCCCAAGAUGCCCAGUAUGAGAAAGAUCAGUCCAUUUUUCUUAAAGCAAUUCAAGAUGUUGAAGAUGCUCCUGAUGAGUCUGCUUCUACAGCCAAUGAUGAUUCUGAGGGUGAUUUGUAUUCUGAGAUUGAUGACUCUAUUGCUUUGAAGAGGAAGGAGUUUGUUAAAAAAGGGUUGUUGAAGCCAAAUCCAAAGAAAGAUGAGUCAAAGGAGGAGAUAAAAGAUGAAGUAGCAGAUGAACUACAACCUCAAGAAGAAGACGACUUGGAUGAAAUUGACGAACUCGAAGAACUAAAAGGAGUCGGUGAGGAUUCCGAGGCAGAAAAUUCAGACCUCGACAUAGAUGACGAUUUGGGUCCCGGUAAUUCAUCAGUUAAAUCCGAAUUCGAAUCUGAAUUUGAUGCUUUUCGUAAAGGAGAAGUUAGAAUUGUAGAACCCAAAUGUAAAAUGACGUUAGCCGAGCUUUUAGAUGAGAGUAAGGUCGUACCUGUUUCGGUUUUGGGUAAUUUAGAGAUCGAAAUCACGGGAAUUCAACACGAUUCAAGAUUAGUUGAACCCGGUGACUUGUUUGUAUGUUGCGUUGGGAAAAAAACCGAUGGACAUUUGUUUUUAACCGAGGCUGAUAAAAGAGGGGCCGUUGCAGUUGUAGCUAGUAAAGAAAUAGACAUCGAAGAAACUUUAGGGUGUAAAGCGUUGGUUUUAGUUGAAGACACGAGUUCGGUUUUAGCAACUUUAGCAGCUUCAUUUUAUAAGCACCCAUCAAAAAACGUAGCCAUGAUAGGUAUCACGGGAACAUAUGGAAAAUCGAGCUCCGCGUAUUUGAUAAAAGGUAUGUACGAAGUGAUGGGAUUAAGAACGGGGAUGAUAACUAACGUUGCUCAUUAUAUUCACGGUGAAAACCAGUUGGAAACAAAAAACACGAUCCCGGAUGGCGUUUCGCGUCAGAAACUGAUGGCGAAAAUGGUCCAUAACGGGACGGAAGCUCUUGUUAUGGAAGCUUCUUCUCACGAGCUUGAAUCGGGAAAAUGCGAUGAAGUUGAUUUCGAUAUCGCGGUUUUCACGAACCUAAGCACAGACCAUUUGGAUACACAUGGGUCGGAAGAAGAGUACAAAAAUGCUCAACUUAAGUUGUUUGGAAGAAUGGUGGACCCCACUCGACACCGGAAAGUUGUGAACAUUGAUGACGCAAGCGCCCCUCUGUUUAUCGCUCAAGGGAAUCAAGACGUGCCAGUUGUUACAUUUGCAUUGGAGGAUAAGAAAGCCGAUGUACACCCAUUACAGUUUGAUCUUUCUCUCUUUGAGACACAAGUUUUGGUGGAUACACCGAAGGGUAUUUUGGAGAUUUCGUCUGGAUUACUCGGGAGGCAAAAUAUUUACAACAUUCUUGCAGCGGUGGCCGUCGGGAUUGCAGUAGAGGCACCGUUGGAAGACAUCGUUAGGGGGAUUGAAGAGGUUGAUGUGGUCCCCGGUAGAUGCGAGUUGAUAGACGAGGAACAAACGUACGGGGUGGUGGUUGAUUACGCAAAUACCCCUGAUGGUCUAUCAAGACUUCUUGAUAACGUUCGGGAACUCAAUCCAAAAAGGAUCAUCACAGUUAUUGGUUGUCCGGGUGAGACCGAGAGAGGCAAACGGCCCGUGAUGACAAAGAUCGCAACAGACAAGAGUGACGUCACUAUGCUGACAUCAGACAAUCCAAGAAACGAGGAUCCACUUGACAUAUUGGACGACAUGUUAGCGGGCAUAGGGCUGACCAUGCAAGAUUACCUGAAGCAUCAAGCAGACGAUUACCACCCGCCACUCGCAAACGGUCAUAGACUGUUCCUUCAUGAUAUUAGAAGGGUAGCUGUACGUUCGGCUGUUGCGAUGGGCGAGGAGGGUGAUAUUGUUGUGGUUACAGGGAAAGGCCACGAGACGUAUGAUACAGUGGGCGAUACAACAGAGUUUUUUGACGAUAGAGAAGAAUGCAGGGAAGCUUUGCAGUAUGUAGAUGAGCUACAUCAAUCGGGAAUCGACACCAGUGAAUUUCCAUGGCGGUUGCCUGAGAGUUACUGAACAAUGAGAGGGCUUAUAUGUCAUUUAGUAUGCGAAACAAAAGACGUCGUCUUUUCAUUGUUAAAACAAGAUGCCGUUCGUCAUUGUUCUGGCAAGGUACAGUUUUGUAGGAACUAGACAACUUAUGUUUGUAUGAAUUAGAGAUUACCUUUAAGUGAAUAGUAUCAUGAUUCAUGGGAGUUGAAAAUGUUAAUGAAGAAAGAAAUCGGGUUGACGAAACGGAUUCGACUUUUUCGGAGGAUGAGAGAAGAGAAUGCUACCCAAGCUUGUUUUCUUGUUUGGGAUGAUAUGAUCCUAUGUAUGUAGUGGUGGUGAACUAUGACAGUUAUCCUGUUGUAAUAUUUUAAAGGACUGGAAGUAUUUUGUUACCAUAUAUAUUGGUAUACAUUGUUGUUUUUGUA